CACACUCACCAUCCCCUCCUCAAGACUUAGUAUUGUCUCAUUUACAUUUCAUAAUCUUAUCACCACUUGCAACUUCAACUACUAUAUAAACCCUUUAACCACUCUCUUUUCUCUCAGCUUGAGGUUCCCUUCUUCAAAGAGAACACCAAGCUUCAACCAACUAAUAUGCAUACCCUCACUCCCUCAUCUUUCAACUCUCUUACCUACAUGAACCGGGUCCAACCCUCACAAAACCGGGUUGGUUCACCUCGCUUAACCGUGAAAUGCGGAUACGGUUUAGAGUUCUCUAAUUUGACUCACUGUCACGGCGUUGGCUCAAGCCGAGCUGACUUGCAAAGCUCCUGCGCCAUCUUAGCCAGUAAAGUCAUUUCGCAGCAAGAUGACGGAAACCACCACGUCAGUGCUGUCAACGGUGAGUCAAACACCGUAACAAAUCUCCAGCUCGUUCCCGUCGGAAACAAGCCGCUACCUCCAAAGCCGCUUACCAUCACUGAUCUCUCUCCGGCUCCGAUUCACGGUUCAUCACUCCGUGUCGCGUACCAAGGUGUCCCCGGCGCGUACUCAGAAGCCGCCGCUGGUAAAGCAUAUCCAAACAGCGAAGCCAUCCCGUGCGAUCAAUUCGAAGUCGCGUUCCAAUCUGUUGAACUCUGGAUCGCCGAUCGAGCAGUUCUCCCGGUUGAAAACUCCCUCGGCGGUUCAAUUCACCGAAACUACGACCUCCUCCUCCGCCACCGCCUCCACAUCGUCGGAGAAGUUCAACUUCCCGUUCAUCACUGCCUCCUCGCUCUCCCAGGCGUUCGAAAAGAGUAUCUCACACGCGUGAUCUCACAUCCACAAGCAUUAGCACAGUGCGAAAACACGUUAACAAAACUCGGUCUCAACGUCGCGCGUGAGGCCGUGGACGACACCGCCGGUGCCGCGGAGUUUAUCGCUACCAACAACCUCCGCGACACGGCGGCCAUAGCUAGCGCACGUGCGGCGGAACUUUACGGAUUAAACAUCCUAGCCGAUGGAAUCCAGGACGACCCGAAUAACGUGACCCGGUUCGUUAUGUUGGCCCGGGAACCCAUAAUUCCGCGAACCGAUCGUCCUUUUAAAACGAGCAUAGUGUUUGCUCAUGAUAACGGAACUUCAGUGCUUUUUAAAGUGCUUUCUGCUUUUGCGUUUAGAAAUAUCAGCUUAACUAAGAUUGAAUCGAGGCCGCAUCGUGGCCGUCCGAUUCGUGUUGAGGAUGAUGAAAGUGAAGGAACAGCGAAACACUUUGAGUAUAUAUUUUAUAUUGAUUUUGAUGCUUCUAUGGCUGAAGUUAGAGCACAGAAUGCACUUGCUGAGGUUCAAGAAUUUACAUCUUUCUUGAGAGUUUUGGGGAGUUAUCCUAUGGAUAUGACACCAUGGAGUCCUUCUUCUACUUCUCAUUGAGGGGAUUAGUAAUUUAGAAUUAAUCUAAAACAAAAAUUAAAAUAUGAAAUGUGGUUUAUCUUGUUAAAUUUAUCAAGGAAAAUAAUAUUCCAAAUUGUUUCAAUCCACUUUUUAGAGUUUUGUUAGUUUGUUGUUAAGUUGAAUAUAAAUGUUAUUUAAUGGGAUUUUCAGAGUGAAUGAAUGUACAUAGUACUUGAGUUUAGGGUUGGUGAGUGUAUAUUCUAAGUCAAAAAAUGAUGAUGAAGUUAGGUGAUUUGAUUAUGUAAUAUUGUGAAUCUGUAUCCCCAAAACAUCCUUUAAAUAUUUUAAGUUGGGUGUUUCUUUGAGGUGAUAUAUUUUGUAUUUAAAAUUUAUGCACGUGCAGAUAUUAAGCUUUGUUUUAUAACUCAGUCAUAAGUGGUGUGUUGGAUGAUCAAUUUGUGUAUAACAUGAAGAUGAGGGAUGUAUACGUAAUAACUCUUGUUUUUA